AUGGACCUUUGGCAGUUCUUAGUCUUGCUGUUUGUCCUGCUCGUGUCUGGGACAAGAGUCACAGACACCCAGAGGACCACCGUGGACCCGAGCCUGGAGAUCUACAAGAAGCUGUUUGAGGUGAAGCGGCGGGAGCAGCUGUUGGCAUUGAAGAACCUGGUGCAGCUGAAGGAUGUCCACCAGCAGUACAAGAUCCUUGACGUCAUGCUCCAGGGGCUCUUUAAGGUGCUGGAGGACUCCCGGACAGUGCUCACUGCUGCGGACGUGCUCCCAGAAGGGCCCCUCCCCCAGGACGAGAAACUGAAGGACGCUUUCUCCCAGGUGCUGGAGAACACGGCCUUCCUCGGCGACCUGGCGCUGCGCUUCCCGCGGAUCGUGCACCACUACUUCGACCACAACUCCAGCUGGAACCUCCUCAUCCGCUGGGGCAUCAGCUUCUGCAACCAGUCGGGCGUCUUUGACCAGGGGCCCCACUCGCCCAUCCUCAGCCUGAUGGCCCAGGAGCUGGGGAUCAGCGAGAAAGACUCUGACUUCCAGAACCCAUUUAAAGUGGACCACACAGAGAUCAUUUCUAGCACCGACCCUUUCCAGAAGGCCCUGAGACAAGAGGAGAAACGGCGGAAAAAAGAGGAGAAGCGGAAAGAGAUCCGAAAAGGCCCGCGGAUCUCGCGAUCCCAAUCCGAGCUAUAG